AUGUUGCAAUCUACCUCAACUCGCCUUGUUCCUUCAUUGGAUAUUCAACCGAACAACCGGAAACUCGACAUAGCAUUCCGACAUGCAGGAAUCACAUCAAACGACAAGUGGUUCUCAUGGGCUAUCAACCCUAACGAUGAUCUCACUUCCUCCAUGAAUGGAGGUCAAGCUUUGGUCGCAAUUACACAAUCUAGCGGUUCCCUAAGAGCUUAUACCUCAUCGAUUAUGAAUUUCGGUACUAAAUUAGCAGAGAGUAAUAUUAGCUAUAGUCAUUCGAAGUUGAGCGCUACACAUGCGAAUGGUGAGGCUGCAAUUUUGUGA